CCUCCAGGGAAAAGAGGGAAAAGCCGGAUCGGCCUCAGGGGACCCCCGGGAAUGGACGGACCCAAAGGAGCCAGGGGUGAAAAUGGCCCGGCGGGACCCAAAGGAGAAAAGGGAGACCCUGGGCUGACUGAGGAAGAGGUGAAGGAGCUGGUGAGGAGCGAGCUGAGGUGCUCCGGGGAUUGUGGAGGGGAGUCGGGAAUGGUGCUCCUGGAAAAGGAGGCGACUCCAGAGGAGGCAACAAAUCCCCGGGAGUGGGAGCAGAGCCAAGGAAUCCGCAGAGAAUUCCCAGCCUCCUGCCUGCAGCCCAUGGAUGAGGGAUCCUGCCAGGAUUAUUCCCUGCUCUGGUACUUCCACCCCGAGGCCAAGGCCUGCAGGCCCUUCCUUUUCGGGGGAUGCCGAGGGAACGGGAAUCGCUUCCAAUCCCGGCGGGAAUGCGAGCGGCGCUGCGGAGCCUCGGCAGGCAGAGGGAGCUGAGCCGCUGGAAUUCCCUGGUUCAAAUCCCAGGGAAACGGAGCUGGGAGAAGUUUCUCCGGGACAUCUCGGACGAGCAGGACAAACCUUUGGAGGGGAAAAGGCAAGAGGUGUUGGGAAAACGGGAAUUCUGAAGAGGAAAUCCAGCGGGAUGAGGGGAGGGAAACACCCCUGGAAAGGGGGGAUGUCCAAAGGCUCCCGACUUCAUCCCACGGGAUUGGAAGGUGGGAAAAAAAAAACCCUGGAGUGUAUUUUUGGAAAAUAAAAGUGUGUCAACGC